GAGUGGAUCACCGAGCGCGAACGGCUCUAUCUCGGCGGCGGCGCCUGCACCCGAGGGGCUUCCGGGGAGGGACUUCCGGCGCCCGGGGCUGGCGAGCGCGGGCGCUACCCCCGGCUCGGCCUCGGUCUCCAUGGCCUCCCUCCUCGCCAAGGACGCCUACCUGCAGGGGCUGGCCCGGAGGAUCUGCGCCCGGGAGCCUCGGGAGCGCCGGCGGGCCGCCAAAGCCCGGGUCUCAGGAGCUGCGGGGGCCCCUACUAAGAAAAGGAAGAAAGCGCAGAAAUCCUGGCAGCGGAGGGACAGGGCGGCGAGGCCCCAGGCACCGUCCCCGGGGCAGGAGGCUUCGGCCAUUUCAGGGGCGCGGACAGCGGCAGCAGCCCAGCGAGAUGCGUCCCCGUCCGCAGGAGCCGCUGCCGGCGGCACAGCCUCAGAACCCCAGUCUCUCUUUGCCCUGGAUGUCCUUCGACAGCGGCUGCACGAGAAGAUCCAGCAGGCCCGGGGCCAGGACCAGAAGGAGCUGUCAGCCGCAGCUCUGGAGAAGAGACGCCGGAGGAAGCAGGAGAGGGAGCGGAAGAAGAGGAAGCAGAAGGAACUGAGAGCGAGGGAGAAGGAGAAGGCAGCGGGGCCACAGGCGCCCUUGGAGGCCAGCACACCGCCUGCAGCCCCCGACACUCCUGGCCAGGAGGCCCAGGGUGGCUCGGGUCUGCUCUUCAAUAAGGUGGAGGUGGGCAGUGACGAGCCGCCCAGCAAGGCCCAGCGGCGCAAGGAGAAGCGGGCGCAGCUGAAAGGGAAGCUGACACCGCUCACCGGGCGCAACUACCGGCAGCUGCUGGAGCGGCUGCAGGCGCGGCGCGAGCGUGUGGAGGAGCUGCGGGAGCAGGACGCGGGGCGCGCGCAGGAGCUGCAGGCCCGCAUGCAGUGGACCAACCUACUCUACAAGGCCGAGGGCGUCAAGAUCCGCGACGAUGAGCAGCGGCUGCAGGAGGCGCUGAAGCGCAAGCGGCAGAGGCGGGCGCAGCGGGAGCGCAAGUGGCAGAGCCGCACAGCCCGCGUGGUGCAGGGCAUGCAGCAGCGCCAGGAGCGGCGGCGCCAGAGCCUGCGCCGCAUGAAGGAGGCCCGCGCUGCGCGGCGCCUGGACAAGGCCCGCAAGAAGGGCCGCAUCCUGCCGCAGGACCUGGAGCGCGCGGGCCUGGCCUGAGGCGGGCCCGGGCACGGUGUCACCAUCCACAGUGGCCAGACCGACUUGCUCACAUGCACCCCUCAGGGAUCAGGGGGCGCCCCCCUCCCAGUCACCUGGUAAACUGAAGGGUGGCUCGCAGCUGAGGGGGAGGGUGGGCGAGAUCGAGUUUGAGUAGGGGAGCGCACUGCUGGGUUGCAGCCCACUCCAGGGGUCCCAGAGCUGUGGUACAGGGUUUGUGGCUUCGUGUCUAACAAGCUUGAAACUGUUUUCCGGGUUUGAUUGCAGGAAAUGCCCCCGUGGGGUUUCAGGGCAAGAGCUGGGGUCUCCUCUGUGGUCCUCUGAGCCCUCGAGAGUGACCCCAGAGUGAAGAGCAAGCUUUGAGCACCACCACUCGGGCCAGGGACUCUGCCAGGCUCCUCUUGGGCUGCUGAGCACGGCAGGCCUUUGCUGCAGUGUUGUGGAGACUGGUGGCCUGGCUCCCGCGGCCUCCACCCACUCACCCAGUUUGCUCUCCACAGCUGGUCAGGCUUUACAGCUUGGCUUUGAAACGGAGGGACAGUCCACAGCCCUGCACCAUGUGUGAGUAGCUGAGCCCUGGUCGGAGCUCUGGGCCGUUGUGACACUGGGCAGGCAGGGAGGCAGGAAGUGGGUUCAGGCCAGGGAAAGGUGCGACCUGCCAAGAGGCAGCCCCUAAGUCCCUCUGGGCAUUGCCCCAAAUCCAAACUGUUCCUGAUUCUCCAGCUUUAGAAAUUAAGUAUUUAGAGUGUUGGACAGAUCAGUCUAUCUUGGAGGUAGUGAACAUUGGAGUUCUUAUGAAACAGUGCAGGAGGGGAACGACCCCUGCUGCACGGGGCCCCGAGGCUAGUCUGAAUCUGAACCCUGGGGUCCCUGCAGAGUGCACUCCCCCCACCCCCCCCCCCCGGCCUGUUCACAGACCAGUGGCAGGGGGUGCAGGUCUGAGAUCCUACUCCCUGAAGUGACUACAACCAGUACCCCUGUGCCUCACCUGGAGGCCAGUGCUCCUCUCCUGAGCUGGCCCAGAAGGCAUCCUGGGCACUGCAGCCAGGGAGGUGGCCCCUGUGACUGAGGGCAGCAGUUCCCGUCCACCCUGAUACUGCACUGGCCGGGUACCUGGCUCCAUGAGUCCCCAAGGGGGUGGCCUUGUAAGGAAGACAAAGGGACAGAGAGAUGACUCGGCGGUAGGGCAGAGUUCCCUUGCACACCAUCCAGGUUUGAUCCCCGGCACACUGUAUGGUCCCCUGAGCUCAGACGGGUAAAUCCAGAGCACCUGUGUCUUAACAGGAGGUGACAGGAGAAGCAAAAUGACAAAAGCAUAGCCAAACCUCUCCUGAAGGAGAGCUGGGCCAGGGUGGGGAAGCCAGUCCGCAGUGGGACCUAGAGGGGCGGAGCUGACCUGGCUUACUCUCCCGAGCCCUCCAGGAGUGAUCCCUGAGCACCACAGGAUGGCACCCCCAAACCAGACCUCGUGGUGGAAAGAUGAGACCAUAGGCCCAAUCUGGGAAGACGACAGAGGCUGGGAUGGAAGAACCUUCCAGAGAUCAGUUUCUGCAGCCACACCUAGGUGGGGUAGAUGAGGGACUGGGCUUAGCACUAGAGAGCUUGUCUGGCAUGUGAGUUCUUGAGUGGGUCAGACCCCCUCCACCAGAAGAGAGGGUGUGUUUGGGCUGGAGAGACAGCUCUAAGGUUUGAGGAUAGGCCCAGCAUGCAAGAGCCCAGGUUUGUCCCUGAUACCACCCUGAGUACUGGCAAGAAUGCCCCAGAUGUCAGGAAGAAGGUAGCGAGUGGUAGAAGGGUCCCAUUUAGAUCCUGGUCCUGGGCGGAAAUGGUCAUGAUUCCCUUCUGCUUGGGAAAGCGAUGCAAAGGAGAGACCGUCCUUCAGGCAGAUGUCAGGCCUCCCCUGGGAACAUGCCUUCCCAGAGCACCUGCGUGCCAACUGAAGGGAGCAAGGGCUGAGCAGGGUCAACAACCCCCCUCCCCAGGUCUCCCACCCCAGCAUCCCAGGGCUGCCUGACCUCAGAAGGGAGUGUGGACAAAAAAUUCCAGGGAGUUUCUUCAUCUUGCAAGAACCUUUUUUGAAAACAAGUGAUGUAGGAACAAUCUGGAAGCUUUAGGGGAGGAUGAGCCGGCCUGUGGAGCCUAUGGGAGACUCAACUGCUCACUGCUGGGAAAUGUGCUUCCUGGUUCCAUCAGAGCUUCCAAUGCACCAAAAUGCUGCAUGAGGCAAUGUCAGCCACACGCUUCUCCAAGCUGGAACACAAACUGCCUCUCUGAGAUCUGCUGACCCGGAAGGUGACAGGAGACACGUGCUGUUGGCGGGGAGGGAGGGAAAUGCCGCAAGGGAAGCCAUAACAGGAUUGUAAAAUGCAUGACUUAAAUUACAAAAUGUCUUAUUUUGGUUUUGGGGUCAGGGCUCUCUUGACUGCUCAGAGGUCGCCCCCUGGCAGGACUCAAAUGAUUAGGUUCUAGGGAAGGGACCCAGGUCAGCAGUGUGCCGUGCAACUGGUCAGACCUUCGUAAAAAAUAUAGGU